AUGUUUCUCGAUUAUUCGAGUCGUGAUGAAUUCGCUGACAUCAAUACCGCGUUUGCUGAAAAAUACAUUGAAAUACUUUACAUUGAACGCCUACAAGAAGCUCAAUCUCGGUUGGACUACAUAAAGUCGCGUGCAAAACACUUACCAGACAUCCAAGAUCUUACCUUGAAAGACCUUCAAGGAAAUUUUGGCUGGCUGACUUAUCUGCAUGGCAUUAUCCUGACACGCGAACAGGUGGUGGCCACGAAAACCACACUGCUCAAAUGUCCGACUUUGUACAUGGCGCAAUUUUGUUCGGACGGCUGCUCACCUGAAGUUGCUUUCUCGAAAAACGAAGCUGGCCGGUUCAUGGAAGAGAGGCUCUCGAGGGCAAUAAGAAGCGCGCAUCUGGACUGCUUAGAACCCUGCGAAGAAAUUAUAGAGUCUCUUCAAUCUCAUUUUAUCUCGUUGCGACCCGUUCAAAAAUAUCCAUUCAGCCAAUUUGACUACCUCCAGAAGCUGAUGUACCAAGAAAUGUAUCCCAAGAUGGAUGGGCCAUUUAGGGCCCAUCUCGGGCUUGUUAUAAUGCCAAUAAAAUUUCCUCCUUCUUUCAAAGAAGUGAUAGGUGAAAACGCUUGUCCAAAAUCCGUGACAAAGAUACGGUUUUACAAGUGGACUGGAAUCAAAUUCGAUGGAUUUGAUGGUGAUCUUUACAAACUCAAAAAAUCACAAAUACGACCAUCACCAGUUGAUCAAAGAGUAGUUUCUGUCUGGAACACAGGAAGUCCACAUAAGCUGUUCCAGCAAUACGCUAAACUGCUGAGACAGGGCAAUUAUUCGGUUCAUGACCAAAUUGAUACGGAAACGACAAUAAUCAUGAAGGAAAUAGAAUUGAGAGUCGACGAUCGAAGGUUGAUGCUACGGAAUUUGGAGCAGGAAACGUCGAGGUGUGCGGCAAUACUUACCGAUGAAACCAAAGAAUCUCAUGUGGGAAAUCACUGCAUUGAUGAUAUUGAGUCCACUGAAGACUAUCAAGAUGGUCUUACUGAAAGUAAAAGGCCCCCAGAAGGACCUUUAGUGAAAGAAUUGAGCAAUUCAAUGGAUUUUGAUUCCGGCGCUUUUGCACAAGAUUCUUCAGAACUUAAUGUUUCGAGCUCAAACCAAUCACGACAAGGAUAUGUGUGCAAAGACGUUCGAAAGGAAGAAGGGGCCCUUGAAUUGGGUAUUGAAAAGACUUCUGUCAUCUCAUCUAUCUCCUCCAUUCCUGACUCAGGACCUAAAGGUAUUCCUGCAAGCAAGGGAUGUACACAUCGGAAGAAACAUCCUGGGUUUGGAACCUUGGCACAACACGAAUCGAUGCUUAACAACUCGAAGAGUCUCAACCAAUUUGUUGAUCAUAAAUUUGGCCCGACGAGUUCACUCGUUAAGGGCAAACGAAGCUCUCUUGAUAACUCUUCUGGCUACUCACGGGCGUCGAAUUCCAUCGCAAUGAAUGCGUUUCAAGAUGAGAUGGAUGAAAUCGAAAAAGAGAUUUAUGAUUUACUUGAGAUUCGCCGAAUUGCCCGGGAAACUGACGAGAGGGCGGUGCCAUUUGCGAAACCCACGACCGAGGAGGAUGAAAAGAAGGCAGAGAGGUCGAAAAAAUUCCAAAAACUCCGCAAACAGAUUAUGAGCAGAGAAGAAGAGCUCAUUUUUACUAAUGCGGACAUAAGUAGGUCAUUUGAAGGCGUUUUGGAUCAAAAACUUAGGUGUGCAAUGACGGCGAGACGUGAAGGCGUAAAAAAACCUCUGCCUGUCCGCGAGAUUGUAGCUACUAUCGAGAAUUCCACGAAGAGGUCGGAUCCCUCUUUUGAUAAAACUAGAUUGUCGGGAGAAAACGGGCUCCAGAAUAAACUUUCGGCAGGACAUGACCAAGUGCUGCGGAGGGAAGAGGAUAAAAAGUUGGAGAGAGUUGCGGUCGCCACGAAAGCCUCAAUAAACCAAAGAGUUGAUAUAAUGCACAAAGAAUCACUAGAAGAAUUGCGGUCACAGCGUUUAGCUAAUAGUGAUGAUUGUGAUAAACCUCAGCGCACAACGGAAGAAGCAUAUCUAGGAUGUAACACACACGAUGCCUCUUUGCAAAAAAGGUCGGCGACACAUGUCGCUACUGAGCAGAGCAAGUUUGAGCAAGUUACGGCGCAUCACCAUUUUGCGUCCAAUGUAUCCAAGGACGAUGGUCAUACGAGUCUUAUCAUUAACGAUGGAACUAACGCCCACAGAGGUACUUCCAUCGUCUUGAAUGUCAAAACUACUAACGGAAUGGAAGGCCGCAACUUUGCCAAUGAGCGUAUAAUUGACGUAUUUGAAACAAAUCCUGACCUCCAUCAUUUGAACCAAAAUCUGAGUGGUUUCACUUACGACUCCUCGUGCACAAAUGGAAGAUUGCUCGAACGACAUGCGUCUGGUGCGCAAGAUAGCCAAGCAAACUCUACAUUAAAGAUACGCGAUGAAUCGGAUAGUACGAAAAUCCCCACUAUCAAGCGUCAAGGAAGAUUGGUCUGCAAAAAUUCGAUGGGAGGCUUACUUGAGAAAAAUAUCUUACCACAUCCACCAGAAUUGCGUAACCAGGGAAAUGAUUUUUCAGUUAACGAACUCCGAGCAAGCAGGCCUAGCGGGGUAGCAGGAUCAGAGGCAAUCGCUGGUAAGUGCCCAGACGUUCUUCUAGGCUGGGCACCUAAUUCGAAAUGCAGCACAGGAGGCCUUAGUGAGCCUGUCGAAGUAGCAUUAUCAAUACAAUCAGAAUGCCCUCUGAAAGAAAGCUGUCGUAACCCGUUUCAUGAGCACCAUCCUCUACCUAUAUCAAAGAAAAAGAUCACCUCGUUGCAGCGAUAUUAUACUCGUCCAGCUGCUGAACAAGCCAGUGAUCCUAAUGUGCCAAAUUCUAGCACCACCCAAGAAAUGCAAUCACUACAAAGAGCACUUCUACGCAACAAGCGCCUCCCGGAUAGUCACGAAAAGUGUGUAGUGCCCACAAAAGACGAAAGCAGUAAUGUUGCUCAACAGCAAUGCAGCUCUUUGAUUUUUUACCGCAACACAGAAGAUACUGCCGUUCAAGUGGGACCUCAAUGCGGCUAUAGCCUGUGCACGGAUAAUGUUCAUCAUCAGGACAAAGACUUUCAGUAUAAUGAAACCAUGAAAUCGGAGUCUAUAAGUGACCAUAGGUCGGUCAUAAUUUCGCGGCAUCUUUUUGGAUGUCAGAGCGAAGAACACAACAAAAUCAAUAGCCAGCGGUCUUCCAGUGGCCCGAACAGAAAUAGGAAACCUUGGAACACGGUUGGUGCCGCAGGCGACGGAAAUGAACAUUCCCUGGCCAAUACAUUUAGGGAAUCUGAUGAUUCUAAUAAUAUGUGUUAUGACAGCCGUGACGCCAUCCUUUCUUGCGAGCUCUCUGAUUUGGAUCGCGAGUUUGGUAGAAUACCUUAUUUUAAAGAAAAUUUGGCAAAUUCAAGCCCUCAGUGCAAUUUUGAAAUCAGCGAAAGCACAUCUUCCUACGGUUCAGAGCUUUCUUUAACCUCCCCAAUCUCAUCGGAAAUUGAUGCAGCAGUCAAUGAACACUUGAAGAGGCAAGCGGGGCGUCAAGAUUCUCGAUGCGCAUUCGACUUCACAUAUCCUGUUCCUCCCUACACCACCAGCUGGGGAGUUAUGGUCAAUCCCCCUUCCGUUAAGUUCGACUCCGGUGACCCAAACUUCAAAAACUAUACUUAUUUACCACCUCUCGAUUCAUACAAAGAACCUGAGCUCAUAGUAAAAAAACCCCGUCUAGAAAGUAGCCGCCCCAGGCUAUCAGAGAGGCUUCGCAAAUUGGUCUCUCCCUUAUCGGCACCAACACGACCAGACCCCAGACGCAAGACAGCUUGCGAUUACAAAGAGUUAUCUCCCACGUUGUCGAAUGUUCGUUUCAGGGAUUUGAUAAGAUUCAAAGCCAAAAGGCUCAAGAAAGAUUUGGAAUACUUUUCCGAUGUUGCAAAGUUGUGUAUCAUUGAUUUUAAAGGGCGGUCACCAACAGCCGAAUGUUUACUUUAUGAAGAUGAUUUACAUUGGAAAUCAUCUUAA